UCACUGAUCUGUUUUAUGGCAACUCCUUUCAGUUAUAUAUCUCCCUCUUCCUUCUCUCUUAUUUUCUUUUCUACUCACCCAGUCAAGAAUAUCAUCGCCGUGCACCAUGCAAGUCUUUUAGUUGCGGAGUUGUUCCAAAAAUCGAAUUUCCCUUCAACAACAUCACCCAUCCUGAAUGCGGGAUACAACCAGUCGAAUGCAAUGACAAUGGGAUACUGAAGAUCCAAUUCGAGGAGCGAGGGAGACCAUAUAUCGUGAAAAGCAUUUCAUAUGAAUCAAGGACGGUUGUAAUUCAAGAUGAUGAACUCGCCCGUGAAUCGCAACCCAAAUUAUGCAAUUGCCUUCGCAAUUUCACCGUACCCACCUCUCAUUUCCUGUCUUUUAAGCUUACAACUCCUAACUACACCUUCCUCAAUUGCAAGCCUCAUCAAUAUAAUUCCUCUGAAGAUUUCCAUAAUGAGUUCUUCAAAUACACGGGUUGCAAGGACUCUGUUCUCUAUUUCCGGCCAGAGAAUCAGACGGCUCCUCCUCAACAUCCUAGCAACUGUUCACUCAUUACAUUUCCUGCGUCUGAAUGGUUGGUGGACCCUUAUAGAUCGAAGGUGGACCUAGUGUCUCUGUUGGCUGCCGGUUUCUCACUUCGAUGGAAUCUCACACACGAGUGCCACAAAUGUUAUGAAGAAAAAGGAGGGCUUUGCGGGUGGAACCAUACCACUGGAAACUUCAUUUGCUCGAAUUCCGGUAGAAAUGGAAGCAUGGAUAAGAAGAAGAUCAUUGCCAUUGCCAUAGGAGCAGGUUGUUUCGUUCUAGCAGCUGGCUUUCUUUUCUUGCUCAUUCGAACCAACUCUUCUGGUUGGUCAAGAGGAAAUUGGAAGAAGAAAACCAACAAUGCAGGUGAUGGUCGUGAUGUUGAAGAGUUCUUAGAAAUCUAUGGAUCCUUGGCUCUGAGAAGAUACACCUAUUCAGAUCUCAAGAAGAUUACCAACUCUUUCAAAGAUAGUUUAGGCCAAGGGGGGUAUGGUGGUGUGUUCAAAGGGAUGCUACAGGAUGGCCGUCUUGUGGCUGUGAAGGUCCUGAAUGAAUCCAAGGGUAAUGGAGAAGAUUUCAUUAACGAGGUCUCUAGCAUUGGUAGGACUUACCAUGUGAAUAUCGUCUCUCUCCUGGGUGUCUGUUCAGAAGGGUCUAAAAGAGCACUCAUCUAUGAGUUCAUGCCAAAUGGAUCUCUAGAAAAAUUCAUCUACACUGAUAAACCAGGACAAUCACAUCCCUUGGGGUGGGAAAAACUCUACCAAAUUGCAAUAGGUGUAGCUCGAGGACUAGAGUACUUGCACCGUGGUUGCAACACACGCAUUCUACAUUUCGACAUAAAACCGCAUAACAUUCUUCUAGAUCAAGAUUUCUGUCCCAAGAUCUCAGAUUUUGGACUAGCGAAGCUGUGCCCCACACAAAACAGUACUGUAUCUAUGUUGGGUACCAGGGGGACCUUUGGGUUUAUUGCCCCUGAAGUAUAUUGUAGAAACAUUGGAGGUGUCUCCCACAAGUCAGAUGUUUAUAGCUAUGGUAUGAUGGUACUGGAAAUGGUUGGAGGAAGAAAGAACAUCGAUCCGCUAGUGGAGAACACCAGCGAGGUAUAUUUCCCUCACUGGAUAUACAAACGUCUCACUACAUACAGGCAUCUUGAUGAACACAGAUAUCUAGGUUUGCAAGGAACUGUGACAAAAGUCGAAGAAGAAACAGCAAGGAAGAUGAUCUUAGUUGGUUUGUGGUGCAUCCAAACCAACCCGACUGAUCGGCCUUCAAUGAGUAGGGUGGUGGAGAUGCUGGAAGGAAGCCUUGAUGGCUUGCCAAUGCCACCCCAGCCAUUUCUUUCUUCUUCAUGAUCUCAACAAGUUCUACUAAGAUUUCAAUAUCAUAAGAGAAUUUCUUUCACAAUUGUUUCUGAAUGAAAUUAUGGAUUUGAAGAUAACAAAAGACUUGCAUACAUUCUAG